UUUAAGAAUUUAGAUGUGUCAUUAAGAAUCAGGUUCUCUUCCUCCCCUCUGGUCUGGGCAUCAAAUAAUAUUUCAUAGUACUUAAAUUAAUCCCGAUCACCCCUAUCAAAACUCCCAGAGUUCCAUGGCAGAGAAACCUGAUCCAGUGCAAGUGUUAUACUGCCCAACAUGCUCUCUCCCUGCAGAGUAUUGUGAAUUCGGGUCUGAUUUCGAGAAAUGCAAGCCUUGGCUCAUCAAAAACGCCCCUGAACUCUACCCUGAUCUCCUUAAAGAGGCUGACGAAAAGGAGGCUGGGAGGGUUUCGGAGCAACUGCACUCAGUUGGAAUUUCCUCAAUUGGUGCUGAUGGGUCAGCUUCUUCUGUUCACUCUGGAGAGACAUCAUCAUCUAAGCAAGAAGAAGUGAAAAGGCUUCCAGGUGGCAAAAUCAAGAAGAAAGUAAGACAAGAAGUUGUAAUUGAGAAGGUUGUUCGCAACAAGCGCAAAAGUAUCACCAUUAUUAAAGGAUUGGACCUAUUUGGUAUUAAAUUGAGUGAUGCUUCCAAAAAGCUUGGGAAGAAGUUUGCUACUGGAGCAUCUGUUGUUAAGGGUCCAACAGAGAAGGAACAGAUUGAUGUUCAAGGAGACAUAGCUUAUGAUAUCGUGGAAUUUAUCACAGAGACGUGGCCUGAUGUUCCUGAAACCGCCAUUUACUUCAUUGAAGAUGGGAAAAAGGUUCCAGCUGCUUGAUGUUUGCCCUUCCAAGUGAAACACAGAUUGAUUUUUGAUUUUGAAAUGGCCCACUUGUAAGCGCCAUUGACAGAAUGGAACUUCUGAUAUCCCUUUUGUUUGGAUGAGUUCUCACAAAAUCAAGUAUGUUUGGUAGGGGGGAAAAUGCAAUGGAAGCAUGCAUCAAUGGAGCUGGAGCAUCGUAUAUCUCCAAUAGAUCCAAGAAUUUGUAUUCGAUCUUUUUAUGUUUCUUUGUGUCGUGUUUGUUGAAUCUAACUUAUUAAAUUCAAAUGGAAUAGACAUGAUAUAGUGCA